UGUUAUCUCCUUCUUAUUUGAAAAAAAGGGACUCUCUCUCAGUCUCUGGGUCCAAUUCCAGUUAUUACGUGCAAAUGGAACUGCCAAGAGAGGUGGGUUUGGGAUUGCUUCUAAGUCCAAUUAGCUCCAAUAUUGUUAUGCGUACAGCAUGUUGUGGUGUGGGGACUGUUUUACCCGCUUAUUCAACGUUUAAAGCUAUUGAGAACGAUAAUCGCGAUGAACAACGAAGGUGGCUACUUUAUUGGACUGUAUAUGGAUCUUUUAGGGCUGCAGAAGUGUUUGCAGACAAGAUUCUAUACUGGUUUCCACUCUACUAUCAUGUGAAGUUUGCAUUUCUAGUUUGGCUACAACUUCCACCUGGCAAUGGAGCAAGGCAUAUGUAUAUGAGCCAUCUCCGCCCAUUUCUGUUGAGACACCAAGCUAGACUUGAUCAGAUUGUGAACUUUAUAUAUCGUCAAAUGAGUAACUUUGUCAGUGCGCACCAACCAGAAUUUCAAUUUGUGGGGGCAGUAUUUAUGGAAAUUAUGUCACUAGUGAACCAAACAUUUAAGGAUGUCAUUCAUCCCAUGCCAAGGCAGGGGAAUCAUGCUAUUGAAGGCCCAACUGCACAAAUUCCGGAUCCACAUCCAGAUCAAGGCACUGAACGUCUAACUGCCCAAAUUCCAGAUCCCCAACCAAACGAUGAAGAUUGACAUUUUCCUACUGACAAGUCAAUCUUUCACUCAUCAGGUCAAACUUUUGUCUCAUCUCAGAUUAGGCAGUGGUAGCCUUUGUUUUUGCACCAGAAAUGGCCUAAAAAGUAUAAACAAAUUUUCUACUGUAAAUGUGCUGUUGGUAUAUAGAAGUUUUGGAUUGCAAACUGAACUAGAGAUCUUAAUGGAAAGUGAAUGGAAGAUCCCAGCUGUAAAUUUUAAACAGUUCAUAUAUUAGUAGUUUCUUAUAGCUUUAA